AUGGUGUUCUCCAAGUCGACCAUCCUCCUCGCCGUCAUUGUGGCAACUGUUGGAUACUUUGCGCCGGUCGUGAAAUCUACUGCUGCCACCAUGUAUUGGGAUUGCUGCAAACCAAGUGGAAGCUGGGGUAACAAGGCUCCAGUGUAUAACCCCGUUGCUGUUUGCCAAGCUGACGGCAAAACCAUCGUGACCGGUCCUCGUCGCGAUGACCCCAACUCGUCGGGCUGCGGUGGCGGCUUCGAGUUCCAAUGCAGCUGUCAGCAGCCCUGGACUGACUCGACCAAUCCAACGCUUGGUUACGCUUUUGCUGCCAUGACUAGCAGUACCGAAAGGGAUAACGAAUGUGCUUGCUACGCUGCCGAGUUCGUCGGUUCCAAGCCUGGCAAGAUCAACACCUUGUUCUACCAAGUCAUCAACGACGGUGGUGAUGUCACCAGCGAUGGUCUGGACAUUCUUGUCCCUGGUAUGGGUAUUGGCGCUAUGACUCAGGGCUGCCCUGCUCAGUGGAAGGGCGCCGACAUGAGCAAGUGGGGUAAACAGUACGGUGGUCUCGACACCAACGCUGCUGGGUGUGCUAACUUGCCCGAGGGCCUCCGCCACGGUUGUAUGUGGAGGAUGAACGACUGGGGUAACUCGGUCAACAUGAACGGUAGGCCGAAGAGGGUCAAGUGCUCCAAGGCCCACAUUGACAGGUCUGGUUGCCAGAGGAAGGACGAGGCUAAUUACCCUGCUUUCGCUGGUCGUCACAGCGGCGACGCUGAUGCUGCUCCUGAGGGGUACACUCCUAACGCUGCCGUUUGCGGUAUCGGCAGCUCGAGCAGGUCGACUGGUCAUCCUUUUGUUGCUCAUGGCAAGCAUCACAAACAUUAA